AUGCUCAGUUCAACGUGUACCGCUGCUGUCCGGGGACUCUCCACCACCGCCCAACUUUCAAAAAUCAAUAAUGUGACGAUCAUUGGUGCGGGACUUAUGGGAUCCGGAAUCGCGCAAGUCUCCGCCAAUGCCAAGCUCAAUGUCACCGUGGUUGACAGCAACCAAACGGCCCUGGACAAGGCCCAGAAGGGAAUCACGAGCAGUCUCCAGAGAGUGGCCAAGAAGAAGCACGCCGACGACGCAGCGGUAAGGUUUCUUCAUUUUUCCAGGCGCUCUUUCGAUAUGAGAAAAAUGGAGAAAUCUUACAGGCCCAGACAGCUCUUGUCUCUUCCGUGCUCGACCGCAUCAAGCUCUCCACCAACGUCUCCGACUCGGUCAAGAACGCCGACCUGGUCAUCGAAGCCAUUGUCGAGAACAUUGACAUCAAGAGAAAGCUGUUCGCCGAAGUGGAGGCAGCCGCUAAACCGUAAGGAUCCCAAGAGUGUCGGAAUGAACUUGACAUGAUUCCAGAACCACGCUGAUCACCACGAACACCUCGUCGCUCCGUCUCUCGGACAUUGGUCUCAACUUGAAGGAUAAGACCCGCUUUGGAGGACUUCAUUUCUUCAACCCAGUGCCGAUGAUGAAACUGCUCGAGGUCGUCCGUCACAACGACACCUCCGACGAGACGUUUGCCCAACUCAUGGAGUACGGAAAGACGGUUGGAAAAACUACUGUCGCUUGCAAGGUAAAACUUUCUAUAUUCUCUACUACCGACCAGCAACGUGUGCUCUCUUCCAGGACACCCCCGGAUUCAUCGUCAACCGCCUGCUCGUCCCGUACAUGUUCGAGGCUCUCCGUCUCUACGAACGCGGCGACGCUUCUAAGGAGGACAUUGAUGUCGGAAUGAAGCUGGGAGCCGGAUAUCCAAUGGGGCCGUUCGAGCUGUGCGACUACGUCGGGCUCGACACCGUCAAGUUCAUCAUGGACGGAUGGAACAAGCAGUACCCGGACGAAGUGGCGUUCAAGCCGAGCCCACUGCUGGACGAGCUCGUCAACUCGGGCAAGACUGGACGCAAAUCGGGAGAGGGAUUCUACAAGUACAAGUAG